AUGUCUAAGGAGGAAGAAAAUAAUAACAAAGAUGAUGGUUCGACUCAAUUCAUGAAAAUAAGCACCGCUGUAUUCUAUGGUCUGUCAUCAUUUUUGAUAACUGUAGUGAAUAAGCGAGUGCUAACGACAUACAAAUUCCCAUCAUUUCUUGUACUGACUUUAGGACAAUUAAUAGCUAGUAUAAUAGUACUGUUUACAGGAAAUAAGCUUAAAAUAGUAUCAAUACCCUCAACAUCAAGAGAUCUGAUAAGAAAUAUAUUUCCUUUACCAUUAAUAUAUCUUGGAAAUGCAGUAUUUGGAUUAGGCGGUACGCAAGCAUUAAGUCUUCCGAUGUUUGCUGCAUUAAGAAGAUUUUCGAUACUCAUGACGAUGUUUUUGGAAUAUUACGUACUCAAAGUACGUCCUAGUGCGGCAGUUCAAUUGAGUGUUUUUUCAAUGGUUGGAGGAGCUUUACUUGCCGCCACUGAUGAUUUGUCCUUCAAUCUCGAAGGCUAUACUUUUAUAAUGAUUACUAAUGCCUUGACGGCAGCAAAUGGAGUUUUUAUUAAAAAGAAGCUCGUGGGAUCUGACCUUGGAACAUACGGAUUAAUGUACUACAACUCAUUAUUUAUGUUGCUUCCUGCAUUAAUGAUAACAUAUAUUGUUGGUGAUAUAAAAUUAGCCUUAGAAUAUGAUCAAUGGUCAAAUCCAUUAUUUGUUGUUCAAUUUUUAUUAUCAUGCAUAAUGGGAUUUGUGCUUAACUACAGUACCGUGUUAUGUACACAAUAUAAUUCUGCACUUACAACAACAAUUGUCGGCUGUCUUAAAAACGUUAGCAUCACAUACAUUGGAAUGUUCAUCGGUGGUGAUUAUAUAUUUUCAUGGCUCAAUUGUAUUGGAAUUAAUAUAAGCGUAAUGGCUAGUCUGGUUUACACUUAUGUCACAUUUCGUAAGAAGCAUAAACCUCAACAUCGUGGCGACCAACAGGAUCGUGAGAAGCUCUUAUCAAAGGUUGAUAAUGUAUGA